GGGGCGAAACGGGGUCCCGGGAGUUGAGGCCUCCCGGCUGCGCCCAGCCGGCCCGGGAAGCGAGGCUCGGCCCUCCCUGCUCUGCCCCGAGCUUGCAGCCCUCUGUGAAGGUCGUUCUGUAGAAUGGCUGUGUAAAACCGCGUGUAAAGGGUUGACUGCCAUUAGCUGUCCAUUAGCAGCCAGCAAUGGAGUUGGGUGUGCUCAGCCCGAGCCGUGCAAGGGGAGCAUUAAGAGCUUUAGGAGCAGCCCGAGGUUCAGCAGUUCCUAGCCUUAAUGUUUUGUGGUUGUAGCUGUGGGUAGGGAUCCCUUCCUGAGGGAGGAGGCAGAGAAAUCGCACACGGAGAACGAACUCGUCAGUGUAACUCGAUCUGCUGCUGCCCCUGGAUGGUGGGAUGAAAUCCAGGUGCUUGGGUCUGCACUGUUUGUGCUGGUGGCACCCAAGCCGUGGUUCUGUAUGAACCAGUCCUGCAGGCUGGAGGAGUCAAGGAUGGUUUUCCUCGCACCAGCCGGUGCAGAACCCACUCUGAUGACACAGCUGGAAAAUUCCAGAGCCUGUUUCUGACCUUCCCCACUGCCUGCUUAUAAAAGGACUUGCACAAACAACGUAAAAGGCUCCAGAGCAGCAAGAAAGGAGCUCUCAGUAAAAAAUGUCGUGGAUCAGAGAGGGCGAGCUGACCAUCAUAGAGAGGUUCUGUGCCAACAUCAUUAAGGCAGGUCCAAUGCCCAAGCACGUUGCCUUCAUCAUGGAUGGCAAUCGCCGCUACGCCCAGAAAUGUCACGUGGAGAGACAGCAGGGACAUUCCCAAGGCUUUGAUAAGCUGGCACAGACACUGCGGUGGUGCUUGAACCUGGGCAUUCGGGAGGUGACAGUUUAUGCCUUCAGCAUUGAGAACUUCAAACGCUCCAAGGAGGAGGUGGACGGGCUCAUGGACCUGGCCAGACAGAAAUUCAGCCGCCUCCUGGAGGAGCAGGAGAACCUGAAGAAGCACGGGGUGUGCAUCCGUGUCCUUGGGGAUCUGCCCCUCCUGCCCGUGGAUAUCCAGGAGCUGAUUGCCCAAGCUGUGCUGGCAACCAGGAACUACAACAAGUGCUUUCUGAAUGUCUGCUUUGCAUACACAUCGAGACAUGAGAUCAGCAACGCUGUCAGGGAGAUGGCCUGGGGGGUGGAACAAGGUCUGCUGGAACCCAGUGACGUGUCUGAGUCGCUGCUGGAUAAAUGUCUGUACACCAACAACUCCCCCGACCCAGACCUGCUGAUAAGAACCUCUGGAGAGGUUCGCCUCAGUGAUUUCUUGCUCUGGCAGACAUCCCAUUCAUGCCUGGUAUUUCAAUCAGUCUUGUGGCCAGAAUAUUCCUUUUGGAACUUGUGUGAAGCUAUCCUUCAGUUCCAGAUGAACCACAGUGCUUUACAGAAGGCCAGAGACUCCUACCUGGAGGAGAGGAGGCGGCAGCAGCUGGAGAGGGACCAGGCUUACGUGACCAAGAAGCUGCAGCAGGAAGGGUGCGCGUCCCACGGAGACUCGCGGCGCCGGCGGACGCUGCUGCAGAAAUGCACGGCCCUGCGGGAGGAGAGGAUCCAGGGCUUCCUGCAGGCCCUGGAGCACAAGAGAGCAGACUUCUUUGAGAGAUUGUGUCCGGUGUCUGCAUGACACAGGUGCUGGGCUCUGGGGAACGCAGUGUUCAGAGGGAGCAGCUGCUGCCCAGAGGGACUGGCUCAGCGGGGUCCUGCCGUGGGCAUCCAGGGCUGCUCCAGGAUCUCCCAUCCCGCUCGCCCUGCCUGGGACAGGGAUGGCUACUGUGAACCCUCCUGGUCUGUGAUGCUGCUGAGGAAGGUGGUGCUGUCUUGUGUCACCUCCCUGCCCUGGUGACAGAUAACCUGCACCCUGCUGGGUCUCUGCUGCUGGGUCUUUGACAGACCAGGUGUUCCGGUGACAAGAAGUUAACUGCAAUGAGCCUCCUCCAGUUCUCUGAUUCCUCCUGAACUGCCCCAGCCAAACCAGUUCAGUCCUGUUAAAUAAGUCUGGGCUCAGUUUCUUUCCAUGGCUUUGCAGCAGGGAAUCUUUUUUUGAGAUGUCCUCUGCUGUCCCAUCAAGAGAGCCCUGCUUUCUGCAGGGAGAGGAUUAUUCCUGGUGUCGGGGACAUUCCCCACUGCCUAAUUGGUGAGAGCAUCUUGUCUUUUCCCCACCUGACCUUGCUGGGUUGGAUGUAUCCACUCCUGGUUUCCAGAGAGCUGAAGGAAGGGUUCCCAGCCUCCCUGUAAAGAAAAAAAACCUGCACCAAAGUUUCAGCAGGUGCUGAGAUCUCUCCUGAGCAGCGUAUGUGGGGGAAAGUCAGGUGCAGAAGGUGCUGGUGUUGGACCACACUGACCUUGGGAAAGGCUCUGAGCAGGCAGGAAAAAAGGAUUGGUUGGGAAUGAACCCUCUCAGGAAGGAAAGAAAAUUGGCUAAACACAGUUGAUGGCUACCAUAGGCCAAACCCUCUGAGGGAAUUCCAGGGAAUGAGGGUGGGCUUAAUUCAGGAAUACAGUAGCCAAAACUAGCCUCUGACCAAGAUGUUUCAGAAGGGCUGUUUGGCUGAUAUUAAUGGGAGUGGCCAGAGCAGCUGUGGAGUAUUACUUGUUCUCAGUUUUCCAUUGGCAGGGAGAUGGACAAGCUGAUUUCCAAGAUUGUUUCCGUCCCCAUGAUGAAAAGAACUGAAAAUGUUUUGAUUUUUUGUUCCUGAUGCACACACAGAUGUGGCAGUACCAGCUGUUGCUGGAUUUGAAAUGUUUCUUCUUACCUCCAGGUGAAAGCCACAAAAUGCAGAUUUAAAAGCCUUGUAAGUGCUGCACACUGAGCACUUGGCCUGUGAUUGUGAAGAGGAGAACUGUGUAGUCAAACUGGGAAUAAAGUAUAUUCAUACCAAA